AGAGGGACACUACUCUGAAUGAAAACAUAUGUGUCAAAACAAAAACAACUUAUAAUCAGUUGAUUUACGUAGACAGGUAGCAGAUGAUAUAAAAAGUGACCAGCAGAAAUGGAGUCAUUGUACCAAAGUUCAGACUAUGUGUUUGGCUGGAAUAAGAUAGUUGAGUCAGUGACAGGAUGGGACCCAGUGAAGGCAUUUCUACCAGCUAUACCUGCAGCAACAGUUGUAUAUAUGUCUGUGUAUUUGAUAGGUCUAUUGUUACACACUAUAACCAGGAUGAUAGUUCCUACUGCUGUAAGGGGAUAUAUUCUAGACUUUGUGAAAACUAUGACAUUCUGUGCUUAUCCCUUUGGACAUGGUAUUAUGAGGAAAUAUUAUGGAGAGCCGGGAUACAUGUGUGCAAUGGUACCCACAAUGUUCCUGUCAUUUAUGACUCUGAGAGAAGGUGACGGUAAUCCUAUAGCUGUAUGGCUGCAGUAUUACAAAAGAAUCAUACCACUUUGGAAAUGCAUCAUUAAAACUAUAAUCCAGAUCAUUGCAGGAUUUGCAGCAUAUCAUGUUGGCAUGUAUAUUCUGGGUCUUGAGCUUCAUCCAAUGUAUGUUGCACGCCUAAAGGAAUAUUACGAUGCGUUUUGCUCCAGUGAUCUCACUGUACCAGCCUAUGUAGGGUUCUGUAUUGAGUUCUGUGCUGUUAUCUAUGAUUGCUGGUUUGCCAACCAGACAUUUACAGGCAAUCUACCCAUUGAUACACUCAUCAAGAUUUUCAACAGUGGACUGCUUGUUGUAUCAGGUGUACAUCUCACUGGAAUGUACAUCCAUCCUGCCAUGGCAACGGGGCAUACAUGGGGCUGUGGUGAUACUUCAGGAAUUGCUCAUAUCAUUAUAUACUGGGUUGGACCCAUCAUUGGAACCUGGAUCAGCUUUCACCUGCAGAAAAGGUUUAGUCUCAGAAGACGAUCAACAAAAGCUUCCAGGUCUCGUAGUAGUGGCAAUUCUCAGUCAAACAAGAAGCACGUCAAUGGGACCACACCAGUCAAUGGGACCACACAAGUCAAUGAGCAAGGACUCGUAUGUUUAACUUUUGUUUGGACCUCAGUUAGUGCACACAGAACUGGUGCCAAUCCAAUGGCGUGUGACACUAUGAAGCCAGGACACGGUGCUAACCGGAGAAGGACGUCGGCAACACCGUAUAUAAUUGAUACUAAUCUUAACGGUUACGUGCCGUGUACACAGAAUGGACAACGUGACUGCGGUGUUAUUGUGCGUAUUAGGGGCAGAAGGGGACGUAUGAAUGCCCAGUUUAAGGGAUUUCUACUGCAAGCGCGCACGAAAACUCCAGACGGACAACUUCGAUACGUAGGAGAAUAUAGAUACAUGAACGGACAGCAAGUUGUUGGUAGGACGAAUCCUAAUGUUAUGCAAGGUCAGUUUGCCGCUGGACGAGCCGGUCCUAUUGCCUUGGGGCAGGUUGGGCCACCGCCAGGAUUCAAUCCAAAUUUUAACCCAAAUAAUCCAUUCAUGGGGAAUCAAGUCAACCAAAUAAAUAACAACGUGAUUGUUCAGAGGAUGCAGUGUAAUAGAGGUACAGGAGUUACACACACUGAAAAUUCUAUCAAAAAUGUCGUCCAGUUACAGUGGAUUCCUCCCGUUGGUUACAACAGACCUGUACAGUUUGUGGCAACUGUGGUACGAGAUUAUAACACGUUUUGGAUGGGACAUAGAUCACGUGCAAUAAAUGCGCGUCCAGCUCUCAGAUUGAUCAAUGGUGGAGUUGCUAACACGGCCAGAUGGUACAACAGCGCUGCAAAAGCUUCUUCCGGAUUCGUCUUGUUGAUGACAUCAUUGUGCACUUUAUUAUUUUUUCUCUUUUGAUGAUAAAUAAGACGAUAUUUUCGAAUCUGUGUGCUAAUGUUACUGUGCCUGACAUAAUGAUUCACUAUAUAAGAUAACACCCUGAAAUAUAAAAGACGCCUGAAAAGGGGUGUUGUGAACUUCUACCUGAUGACGGCGUUUUUUAUCGUCUGCGAUAAAGAAAUUUUAUGACUACCUGAAACUGGACAGUGUGUAGCUAAAUGCCAUAUAGUUUUUAAAUUCCUGUUGAGAGGAUGCUAUUGUACAAGGCUGUAAAAAGUUUGCAGAAUCAGUUACAGCUGUUUAAAAAUGUGUGUUACAUUUUUCCAAAUAUUUUGAAGAAAUUGACACUGAAUGUUAAUUGAUAAAUCUGUUUAUAUGAUGUAUCAGUGCUAUAUACCCUUCAGCAUAAUUCAUUAUAUGUUUAUUCUCAUACAGCUGAUGUAUAUGACGAUCUUAUAUCAUGCGCCCGCCUGCCAGAGGGGACACAUGCUGCUCAUUUUAUCAAUUAAGUAAUUAAUUAAGUUCAUGUCGAAUGAUCAAUGGUGUAAAAAUAUUUAGAAAAAAGAACAUUUUCGCUAGAGGAAAUAUAGACCAUACACAAGUUCAAACAUUUUUAUGAUAAAAAGAACAUGAUCUAGACGUUUCAAAUAAUAAGAUGAUGAUAACUGAGCGAUUGAGUAAUAGUGGUAUGUCUGACAGAUUGCUGAAUGAGUACAUGUCCGUGACAUGUCUUAGUAUUUCUUUUAUAGUGUCUUUUUAUACGGAAUUUAUUAAACGAGUUGAAUAAAAUAAUAAAAUGCGAGGCCCUUCCGAGCAUUUUAUCAAUUCUAUUCAACGAGUUUAAUAAAUUCUAUGCGGAAAGUUACAAAUGUAUUAUUCUUUUUAUCACAUGUUAGCUUUUCCAAUCGAAACAUCAAAAUUUCUACCUUCUUUAACUGUUAUAAACAAGUCAAUUUGACCAACGUCUCAUAUACUAUAAACGACGUCGACGCUAAAGCUUUUAUUAUACACUAUAGUAACUUGUAUUAUCAUUUUUAUGUAAUGGCUUUAUUUCACUCCCGCGACGUCAAACAUGUGAUAGACAGAUAUAGUAAGCCUGAACAUUUCGGUUAUAAUUUAAUCUUAAUAGUUUAACAUGCAAACAAUAUUAUGAUUCUCCAUUACAGAACUGAAGGCAUUUCGCAUAAUUACUUAUUAGAUUUUGUAGCAUCAGAACACAUAGUUUUACAAAAGUUUUCAUGUAUGCUAGAAUGUGUAUGAGUGAAUGAGUUAGUGUGUGUGUGUGUGCGCGCGUGCGCGUGUGCGUGUGCGUGUGUGUGUGUGUGUGUGUGUGCGUGUGAACUAAUGGACGUGUGAAUGAACGAUAGAACGAACGAGAACAAAAAGACACAUCUCUGUACCCAUAAAGACUUUCAGAUACUUUCCUUUUAUCAGACCGAGAAAAGACUAUAUCGGUUACCAUUUCAUGAUAUUUGAAAGAUAGAAGCUGUGCCUCUUUGACGACAUAACACUUAGUUCAGCUUGAGAGAGUAACUAUCACGUGUAACUAACUUUGUAACCCGCAUGGCUGUAACUGAAUGAAUGUAAUAUGUUUAUACAUGUUUUUUAUUUUAAAUAAACAGUGCCU